CGCGGAUCCCUGGCGGCCCCGUGAGCUAGGAUGAGGGGCCAGGCCGCCGCCCCGGGCCCCCGCUGGAUCCUCACUCCGCUGCUGUCGCUGCUGCUGCUGGGGCACUGGGUGCGUGUGGCUGCCGGGGCGGACGUGGGGCCCGGGGCUGAGACCUGUGCGACGCUGGUGCAGGGCAAGUUCUUCGGCUACUUCUCCGCGGCUGCCGUGUUCCCAGCCAACGCCUCGCGCUGCUCCUGGACCCUGCGGAACCCGGACCCUCGGCGUUACACGCUCUACAUGAAAGUGGCCAAGGCAGCUGCGCCCUGCACGGGCCCCGGCCGCGUCCGCACCUACCAGUUCGACUCUUUCCUCGAGUCCACACGCACCUACCUGGGCGUGGAGAGCUUCGACGAGGUGCUGCGGCUCUGUGACCCCUCGGCGCCCCUAGCCUUCCUGCAGGCCAGCAAGCAGUUCCUGCAGAUGCAGCAUCAGCAGCCGCCCCAGGACAACCAGCUGGGGGUCCUGAGCGGGCCCCGCGGGCCCGGAGACGACUUCUCGGUGGAGUACCUGGUGGUGGGCAACCGGAACCCCAGCCGGGCCGCCUGCCAGAUGCUGUGCCGCUGGCUGGAUGCCUGUCUGGCCGGCAGCCGCAGCUCGCACCCCUGCGGAAUCAUGCAGACCCCCUGCGCCUGCCUGGGGGGUGACGCUGGAGACCCUGCCGCCAGCCCCCUGGUCCCCCGUGGGGACGUCUGUUUGAGGGAUGGUGUGGCUGGGGGCCCCGAAAACUGCCUUACCAGCCUGACGCAGGACCGUGGUGGGCACAGCGCAGCAGGUGGCUGGAAGCUGUGGUCGCUGUGGGGCGAGUGCACGCGGGACUGCGGGGGAGGCCUGCAGACGCGCACGCGCACCUGCCUGCCUGCGGCGGGCGUGGAGGGCGGCGGCUGCGAGGGGGUGCUGGAGGAAGGGCGCCUGUGCAACCGCAAGGCCUGCGGCCCCGCGGGGCGCACGAGCUCCAGGAGCCAGUCCCUGCGGUCCACGGACGCCCGGCGGCGCGACGAGCUGGGAGACGAGCUGCAGCAGUUCGGAUUCCCCUCCCCGCAGACCGGUGACCCGGCGGCCGAGGAGUGGUCCCCGUGGAGCGUGUGCUCCAGCACCUGCGGCGAGGGCUGGCAGACCCGCACGCGCUUCUGCGUGUCGUCCUCCUACAGCACGCAGUGCAGCGGGCCCUUGCGGGAGCAGCGGCUGUGCAACAACUCCGCAGUGUGUCCAGUGCAUGGUGCCUGGGACGAAUGGUCACCCUGGAGUCUCUGCUCCAGCACCUGUGGCCGCGGCUUCCGGGACCGAACGCGCACCUGCAGGCCCCCACAGUUUGGAGGCAACCCCUGUGAGGGGCCUGAGAAACAAACCAAGUUCUGCAACAUUGCUCUGUGCCCUGUGGAUGGAAACUGGAACGAAUGGUCGAGCUGGAGCGCCUGCUCCGCCAGCUGCUCCCAGGGCCGGCAGCAGCGCACCCGGGAGUGCAAUGGCCCCUCUUACGGGGGCGCCGAGUGCCAGGGCCACUGGGUGGAGACUCGAGACUGCUUCCUGCAGCAGUGUCCAGUCGAUGGCAAGUGGCAGGCCUGGGCAUCGUGGGGAGGCUGCAGCGUCACGUGUGGGGGUGGCAGCCAGCGACGAGAACGUCUCUGCUCUGGGCCCUUCUUCGGUGGAGCAGCCUGCCAGGGCCCUCAGGAUGAGUACCGGCAGUGUGGCACUCACCGGUGUCCUGAGCCCCAUGAGAUCUGUGAUGAGGACGGUUUUGGAGCAGUGGUCUGGAAGGAGACUCCAGCUGGAGAGGUGGCUACAGCCCGGUGUCCUCGCAACGCUACAGGCCUCAUCCUGCGCCGCUGUGAGCUGGACGAGGAGGGCAUCGCCUACUGGGAGCCGCCCACCUACAUCCGCUGUGUCUCCAUCGACUACCGCAACAUCCAGAUGAUGACCCGUGAGCACCUGGCCAAGGCUCAGCGUGGGCUGCCAGGGGAGGGAGUGUCGGAGGUCAUCCAGACGCUGGUGGAGAUCUCCCAGGAUGGGACCAGCUACAGUGGGGAUCUGCUGUCCACCAUUGACGUCCUGAGGAACAUGACUGAGAUCUUCCGGAGGGCCUACUACAGCCCCACCCCCGGGGACGUGCAGAACUUUGUGCAGAUCCUUAGCAACCUGCUGGCGGAGGAAAACCGGGACAAGUGGGAGGAGGCACAGCUGAUGGGCCCCAACGCCAAAGAGCUCUUCCGGCUGGUGGAAGACUUUGUGGACGUCAUUGGCUUCCGCAUGAAGGACUUGAGGGACGCAUACCAGGUGACAGACAACCUGGUGCUUAGCAUCCACAAGCUGCCAGCCAGCGGGGCCACCGACAUCAGCUUCCCCAUGAAGGGCUGGCGGGCCACGGGCGACUGGGCCAAGGUACCGGAGGACAGAGUCACUGUGUCCAAGAGUGUCUUCUCCACAGGGCUGGCAGAGGCGGAUGACUCGUCUGUGUUCGUGGUUGGCACUGUGCUGUACCGGAACCUGGGCAGCUUUCUGGCCCUGCAGAGGAACACGACUGUCCUCAACUCCAAGGUCAUCUCGGUGACGGUGAAGCCUCCUCCUCGCUCCCUGCUCACGCCCUUGGAAAUCGAGUUUGCCCACAUGUACAAUGGCACCACCAACCAGACCUGUAUCCUGUGGGACGAGACAGACAUCUCUUCACCUCAUGGCCGAUGGUCACUUUCUCCCAAGAGGAAGGCCUGGCCUGCUGCUGCCAGUGUACCCAGGCGGGUUUGUGACGUUUGGACCUGUGCCUGUGCCCUGGUGGAGAAGGAUCCAGGCAUCCGGGGCAGUGCUGAUUUGACUCCGCAGCUGCACCCCGGGCUCAGCUCCCCACUCCUCGUGUCCGUGACUCUGUCGCCCUGUGUGGUGGCCCGCAGGCAGUGUUCGGUGACCUGGAGUCGUGUUAAUGGUGUAGCAGUGCUGGAUCUGGUGCGGAAUGGUGAUGACUCUGGCAAUGGCUCUGUAAUGGCCAUGGUAGAUGUGGCUUCGUUGGUGCUGGGUGUGGUGGUGGCGGUGGCGGUGGUGGUAAUCUUGUGGCUCAAGGCUGGUGAUGGUGGCGGUGCUGUUGGUGUAACAAUGUUCGUGAUGGCGGUGGUAGUCGUACUGGUGCUGGUGGUGCUGGUGCUGGUGUUGUCAUUCAUGGGAUUGGAGGGGAGCCGGUGUCCCAUGCCCCAGAGGACGCCCUGUGAGUCAUUCACACUGGAGUGUGAAUUAGCCCAUCAAAUCCAAGGGGACCCCAGCAGUGCACAGUCCCAUAAUAGCACCCACUCCGUGGGCUGGCAGGCAGCAUCACGAUGCAGAGAAGGCUCCCGCUUGGUGGACAGGAGGCUGGGCCUCCGUUUCUCCUGGGUGAGGGCACACGGGGUGGAGGAUCCGGCCCCAGAGGCCCGCCACUGUGCGGCGCGGUACCUGGCAGGUGUCCACCCGGCCGCGUUGCUGUCACAGAGGACCAUGGAGAAGGCCGCCGUGCCGUCGGUGACGCUGAUCGUGGGCUGCGGUGUGUCCUCGCUCACCCUGCUCAUGCUGGUCAUCAUCUACGUGUCCGUGUGGAGGUACAUCCGCUCCGAGCGCUCUGUCAUCCUCAUCAACUUCUGCUUGUCCAUCAUCUCCUCCAACGCUCUCAUCCUCAUCGGGCAGACCCAGACCCGCAACAAGGUGGUGUGCACGCUGGUGGCGGCCUUCCUGCACUUCUUCUUCCUGUCCUCCUUCUGCUGGGUGCUCACCGAGGCCUGGCAGUCCUACAUGGCUGUCACCGGCCGCCUCCGGAGCCGGCUCGUCCGCAAGCGCUUCCUCUGCCUGGGCUGGGGGCUCCCUGCGCUGGUGGUGGCCAUCUCUGUGGGAUUCACCAAGGCCAAAGGCUACAGCACCAUGAACUACUGCUGGCUCUCGCUGGAGGGGGGACUGCUCUAUGCCUUCGUGGGACCUGCUGCCGCCGUCGUGCUGGUGAACAUGGUCAUCGGGAUCCUGGUCUUCAACAAGCUCGUGUCCAAAGAUGGCAUCACGGACAAGAAGCUGAAGGAGCGGGCAGGGGCCUCCCUGUGGAGCUCCUGUGUGGUCCUGCCGCUGCUGGCGCUGACCUGGAUGUCUGCUGUGCUGGCGGUCACCGACCGCCGCUCCGCCCUCUUCCAGAUCCUCUUUGCCGUCUUCGACUCUCUGGAGGGCUUCGUCAUUGUGAUGGUGCACUGCAUCUUGCGGAGAGAGGUCCAGGACGCUGUGAAGUGCCGCGUGGUGGACCGCCAGGAGGAAGGCAACGGGGACUCAGGUGGCUCCUUCCAGAACGGCCAUGCCCAGCUCAUGACUGACUUUGAGAAGGACGUGGAUCUGGCCUGUAGAUCAGUGCUGAACAAGGACAUCGCUGCCUGCCGCACGGCCACCAUCACGGGCACGCUCAAGCGGCCGUCGCUGCCCGAGGAGGAGAAGCUGAAGCUGGCCAAGGGGCCGCCCCCCACCUUCAACAGCCUGCCGGCCAACGUGUCCAAGCUGCACCUGCACGGCUCUCCCCGCUACCCCGGCGGGCCGCUGCCCGACUUCCCCACCCACUCGCUGACCCUCAAGAAAGAAAAGGCACCCAAGUCCUCCUUCAUCGGCGACGGGGACAUCUUCAAGAAGCUGGACUCAGAGCUGAGCCGGGCCCAGGAGAAGGCUCUGGACACGAGCUACGUGAUCCUGCCCACGGCCACGGCCACGCUGCGGCCCAAGCCCAAGGAGGAGCCCAAGUACAGCAUCAACAUCGACCAGAUGCCCCAGACGCGGCUCAUCCACCUGAGCAUGGCGCCCGACGCCAGCUUCCCCACCCGCAGCCCGCCCUCGCGGGAGCCGCCGGGCAGCGGGCCCCCCGAAGUGCCCCCCGUCCAGCCCCCGCCACCCCCACCCCCGCCGCCCCCGCUGCCCCAGCAGCCCCUACCCCCACCUCCCACCCUGGAGCCAGCACCUUCCAGCCUGGGGGACACAGGAGAGCCGGCCGUCCACCCAGGACCCAGCUCUGCGGCUGGGACUAAGAAUGAGAACGUUGCCACAUUGUCCGUGAGCUCCCUGGAGAGGCGCAAGUCGCGGUAUGCAGAGCUGGACUUCGAGAAAAUCAUGCACACACGCAAACGGCACCAGGACCUGUUCCAGGACCUGAAUCGCAAGCUGCAGCACGCGGCCGAGAAGGACAAGGAGGCCCUGGGCCAGGAGGGCAAGCCAGACAAGCAGCAGACACCCAACAAGCGGGCCUGGGAGAGCCUCCGGAAGCCGCACGGCACGCACGGCACACACAGCACGCCGGCCUGGGUGAAGAAGGAGCUGGAGCCCCUACCCCCAUCGCCGCUGGAGCUGCGCAGCGUGGAGUGGGAGAAGGCCGGCGCCACCAUCCCACUGGUGGGCCAGGACAUCAUCGACCUCCAGACCGAGGUCUGAGCGGGCAGGCGCGGCCCCGCGCCGGGCCCGGAGGGAUGCUGCUCUGCCCGCACCAGCCACAGACGGGCGACACCCACUCACCGUGGCAGCCAGGCCCGGGCCCGGCGUCCGGAGGUGGCCAGGCGAAGGGUCGGCCGUGCUGGGACCAGCGCCAGACGCAGGACAGGAGGCGGCCCGGCCCGGCCGGCACAGGGUUCCAGAGGCAGGAAGGUGCCUCAGACUCUGCCCUCCUUGGGCGAGCCCCAGCGGACGGCGGGCGGGCGGCGGUGGACACGGGCAGGCCUGGUGUGGCCAGCCCUCCUAGGAUGCCUGCCUCGGGCUCCGCUGCAGGGGACUGCCUGUGGCCCGCCAGCCUGGCUCCGUUUUUUAGACACCCCUCACCCCUUGGGAAGCAGCCAGACCCCCCCUCCCUUCCAGGGCCCUGGACCCCUGCCAGGCCUGGGGGGGAGACCCCAGCCCCGGCCCAGGCCCCAGGGGCAGGACGAAGCCUGCUCCGGGAAGAAGCGGGGUGGGGAAUCUAUUUUUUCUCUCCUUUUCUUUUCUUCAAUAAAAAGAACU